AUGAAGACCUUCAGCUCCAUCCUCAUCCUUCUCUUUGCCCUGCUCCAUUUGUCUCUCGCUGUUGAUCAGCCUCAUCGUUUCCCCGACCAGAAGCAGGUCGACAAGGACAACUAUGAGGCCAUGACCCUCGCUGCCGCCGAAAAGGGCGUGCAGCUGGUCCAUGGCAAGCGCUAUGCCUUCCGCGAGAAAUGGGCCCCAGCCUACGGCGAGUACCGCUGUCUCCCAGACUACUCGCACGUCCGCCUGGUGGUGGGCCAGUUUUUCCACAGCAACACUCGGUCUGGCCGGCAGGCCUUCGACGCCAAGGCGUUUGAGAUGAUCAGCGACGAGGCCGAUACCAGACUCGGUCAGACCCCGAAGGGCGGCAAGGUCAUGUCGCAGGUGGACAAUCUCUUCUGGGCCAACCACUACUACAACGAGAAGAAGGGGCAGUGGGUUCAUGUGAGCAAGUCCAGCAAGUAUGAGUUUUUGGGUGAAACCACUGCGACAGAUCAGUUCAUCGCCAACCAGGGUCUCGAGUAUGCGCGCAAGUGGCCCACGUACAACUUGCUUACCAACAACUGCAUGGAGUACACCAAGGAGGUGUGGAAGGACCUUAACUAG